GCCACCGCCGCCCCAGCGGAGGACAACGCGGGGCCGGGCGGGAGGCAGCCCAGGCAGCGGCGGCGGCCGUGGCGGUCCCAAAGAAGCACCCAUGCGGCGGAGCGUGAGGAGGAGACGGCGGCGGCCCCAGGCGGCCCCGGCAGCGGCAGCGGCGGCGGCGGCGGCAGCCCCGGGCGGCGGCCCCAGGGCGAGAGGAGGUGACGGGCUGGCGGCGGAGAGGGAGGAGAAGGUGGUGUACUCGCGCUCGCAGCUGUCCCUGGCCGGCAGCACCAAGGCGCUGGGCGACGCCUUCAAGCUCUUCAUGCCCCGCAGCACCGAGUUCAUGAGCUCGGACGCUGAGCUCUGGAGCUUCCUCUGCAGUCUCAAGCACCAAUUCUCCCCGCACAUCCUCCGCAGCAAGGACGUCUACGGUUACUCUUCCUGCCGGGCCCUGGUCCCGGACCCCCCGGGACCCCCGGCCACUGCCAACAGCCACCCGGCUGGCGGUGGGGACCCGCCGUCGCCGCUGCUGCCACCGCCGUCGUCCCGCCGUCCGGCCCCUGGAGCAGCCGCCAGGAGGAGGCGCCGGGGAGCCGGAGCCGCCAAGAGAUUCAGGAAACUGCCGCCGCCGCUGCCUCAACAGCCCCAGCCCGCGCCCCUGCUCUCGCUGCCCCUCGCGCACCCCGAGCCCUCGCCGCCAUCACCCACCCUGCCCUCGCCCCCACCGUCGCCCCAGCUGCUGCCCCACGCGAGCCGCUUCGGGGGCCGGACCCUGGAGGAGAUCUGGAGAGCCGCCACCCCGGUGCUGACCACCUUCCCCACCAUCCGCGUUGGCCACGACGUGUGGAGCGAGCGGAGCCUGGCGGCGGCGCGGCGCCGAGCCCAGCAGGUCCUGCGAGUGAACCUGGAGCCCGUGGUGAGGCUCCGCCGCUUCCCCGUGGCCACAUCCUGAGACUUGAGAGGGGACCGACCCCAGCCAGCCCGUCGUCGCCCUCCUCUCUCCCGUCCCCCGGCUCCAUCCCUCCCCUCUGGCCCCUGGCUCG